AACAAAACGAACGCUCCAUCUAAAAGCUUUCACAUGCAGGUUGUAGACACGAAGUGAUGAUAAUACGGCGAUGUUUCAAGCAUCAAUUAUACCUAUCCAUAAUGUCACUGUACUUGUAGCUUGGGGUAGCAUCGUUGAAUUGCGAACAUUCUACUAAAGGUAAAGCUUUAGUUAUUUUAUUAUCGCUCGGACUUGUAUCUGUAGUUGUAGUUGCUUCUGUUGUUUUGGCGACAUGUCAGAGUCCGGCCACAGUCAGCCUGGAAUGUAUGGACAGGGACGCAGGAGAAGGCGACGUCGGGGAGACAGAGAUGCCGGACCUCCGGGGCAAAACUUGUCUGGUCCUAGCCGGGAUCGAGAGUAUCAGCCGAGAGAACGAAGGGAUGGCAGUGAAGAUCCACCCGGUCCAAUCAUUCAGAAGACCCCCAUUAUUCUCGCCAAACCCCCCGGAGAGAGAGCUAAGUCAUCACAGAAUACACCUGUUAGUGGAGCUUCAGUCCCAGAGAAGCCCAUUAUGUUAAUGAAAGCCAGAGAUGAUGCAGGAAAGACAGGGACACCUCCAGAAGCAACAGCUCCAACCUCGGGUUCUGGACCUUCUAAGAUGGAGAGAGAAGGGCAGCGGCCUACACAGCCUGUGUACCAAAUUCAAAACCGAGGAAUGGGUGCUUCUGCAUCAAGCAGUGCUGUGGAUCCAAUGGUUGGCCAGUCCAAGCUUGUCCCGCCAGAGAAGAUGAAGCACAGCAUUAAACUAGUAGAUGAUCAGAUGAACUGGUGUGACAGUGCCAUGGAGUACCUGAGGGACCAGACAGAUAUGUUGGUGGUGGGCGUCAUUGGUCUUCAAGGAACUGGGAAAUCUACAGUGAUGUCACUGUUAUCAGCCAACACUCCAGAGGAAGACCAGAGGAGUUUUGUAUUCAGACCCCAAACUCAAGAAAUCAAGGAGAGGGGAGGGAACCAGAGCACAGGGAUCGAUUUCUUCAUCACACAGGAGAGAGUUAUCUUCUUGGACACACAGCCGAUGCUCAGCCCAUCCAUUUUGGACCAUCUCAUUAACAAUGACCGGAAGUUGCCACCAGAGUACAACCUCCCUCACACAUAUGUUGAGAUGCAGUCGCUCCAGAUCGCUGCGUUCUUGUUCACAGUGUGCCAUGUGAUCAUCGUGGUCCAAGACUGGUUCACUGAUUCCAACAUGUACAGGUUCCUUCAGACUGCUGAAAUGCUGAAACCGUCCACUCCAUCUGCGAGCCAUGACAGCUCUGGCUCUUCAGGCGGUGACGAUGGAGCAGAGUACUAUCCUCACAUAGUUUUUCUCCAGAACAAGGUCAGAAGAGAUGAUUUCUGUCCUAGGAGUCUAAAUUCCAUGCACCUGGUGGUGGAUAAAUUAAUGGCGCACUCCCAUCUCAAGUACAAAGGCACGUUGUCCAUGCUAGACUGCAACAUCUUCCCCGGCCUGAGAGCAGACUAUCUGUCACCUGAGGUCAACAUGUUCUUACUUCCUGUGCAGGAGAACGAUGGGGAGGACAAUCUGACGAAAGCAGGGUCGGGAACCUACCCGCUCUUUUCCCUGCUCCCAGGAUACAGAGGUCAUCCUUCCUUCUCCACCAUGGUCUCAAAACUUCGCAGCCAAAUACUGAGCAUGCCUCGAUGUCAGCUCUCGCACACUAUCCUCACCGAGAAGAACUGGUUUCAUUAUGCAGCUCGUAUCUGGGAUGGUGUGAAAAAAUCGUCAGCGCUGUCGGAAUACAGUCGUCUGCUCUGCUAAUGCUACUGUUGUCUGCAACUUGGUGCAACCUUCAACAUCGGGUCGCAGAAAACUGAAGCCUCGGGUUGUGGGGACGACGGGUUGAACUAGAAGAAGUUCAGUGCAGAACAACUAGACGUUCUGGAACUGCAGAGAUCAUUCAAAUAUGCGUAGUUUGUUGGAACAUUCAAAGACAGAGCGUUGCAGGGGCUUAGCCUCAGGAAAUGUUCAACAGACAUAAGUGUACAGCAAGUCUUUAAAAGCCAAAAGACGGUGUUUUGAAUAUUAGUUCACCAUUAUUUCUUACUUUUAAUUAUGUAACAUUCUCUGAGAACUCUUACGAAACAGUCAGUGGCAAAUGCACGUAAAUAAAUAAAAUACGGAAAGACAAAGUGGGAAACUUUGUCUGUUAUUUUCUUAAUUACUUCAGGUUAAAGAUGAUGUAAAUUUUUUGAUGUAUUUUGUCACUUUAUUUGGCAAGAACUUGCACAACAGUUGCAGAUCAUUCAGUGCUGCGUUCAAUUGCAAGGUGCAGAACAAUAAUAGUAUGUCUGGUUAUAAGACACGAGCUAGUCCUGACUUAAAAACAGUUUAAUGUCUUUAUUUACUGCAAAGUUAGUAACUAAGGGUGUCACACAAUAUCACUUCACUGAUACAUUGCAAUAUUUCGUUUCAC